AUGUGCUUGGUCCACGAUGUCCUCGUGGAUGAUUCCCCGACAUCGUCACAAGCAAGUGACAAUGAAGACAACAAUUCUUGUCUUCGAAUUUCAACUGCAGCUACGGGAGCUGAAGAUUCCGAUGAUCAAGAUGAUCAGGAUGCCCAAGGUAUGGGCAUAAAUCAGCAUGACAAUCAAAGUGAUGACAUAUCUGGCGACGACAGUGAAGACUUUGAUCAUAAUUCUUCAAUAGUUGCUGACAGUGAUUUUAGACUCGAGUACCGUAAGCAUGGUGUAGUGUUAGCUGAUUGUUCCCUAUUAUGUACCUUUGAUGACAUUAGCUUGUUCGGUGGACUAAGCAGCAGGACUCGGUACAAUUCUGGAGGUAAAAAUGGAUCCCGAAUAAUAAACAGCGGCCCGCAGAGUGAUUGCUCAACAGUAGUCAGUGAUUCUGUCGGUGGUUCGUGCUCAAGUCUUGCUACUGGAUCAUCAUGUUGGCCUACUCCAGAGCACGCGGCCAAUCGAUCUGUCAGCAGCGCUAAUGAACGACGUCGGAGACGUUUGCCUGAAAUACCAAAAAGUAACAUUAAUACCAACAACAAUAAUCAUAAAUCUAUGAUAGGUUUUGUGUCCCUUCAAACAUCUCCUGCUUCAUUGGCUGAUGAAUUAGCAGGUGUAUCAGGAGCUACUGGAGCCGGAAGACCUCACUUGAUUCUUCGGAAGUGUCAUCCUCGGCUGCUCAACGAGGACUCAUCACCUGACAGCGAGAGAAUGACCACUGACAGUGGACACAGUACUGCUCAUUCGCCUGACAAUGGACCUAAAAGUGUUUCACCUAUUAUGUGCAGUAAUACUUUACAAAAUACUGACUCUGUGUCACCCAGCAGCACUCCAGGAAGUGGAGGAAUUCCAUUCACACAAUUAGAAUUACUGGAAGCAACACACCGUGGUCUUCAUAAAUUCAUCCCACGACAUCAUGAUGAAAUAGACCUGGAAAUUGGAGAUCCUAUUUACGUUCAAAAAGAAGCUGAUGAUUUGUGGUGUGAAGGUGUAAAUUUAAGAACAGGACGUCAAGGAAUAUUUCCAUCAGCUUAUGCAGUAGACAUGGAUUACAGUGACUUUGAUCCUACUGCACCAAAAGUUAAGCGCGAACGCUAUUUGUUAGGCUAUCUGGGAUCUGUUGAGACAUUGGCUCACAAGGGAACGGGUGUUGUUUGUCAAGCUGUCAGGAGGAUUGUUGGUAACACUGCUAGCGAUUCACCGGAAUCCCAGAGCUGUAUAUUAGAAGUUUCUGACCAAGGACUUCGUAUGGUUGAUCGCAGCAAACCUAGGCAACGCAAAAAUCGUGGGCCAUGUCAUGAUUAUUUUUAUUCGCUGAAAAAUGUAUCGUUUUGCGCAUUUCAUCCCAGAGAUCAUAGGUAUCUUGGGUUCAUUACUAAACACCCUACAUUGCAAAGGUUUGCUUGCCAUGUAUUUAUUGGACAAGAAUCAACACGGCCUGUUGCGGAAGCUGUUGGACGAGCCUUCCAUCGAUUCUACACUAAAUUUAUUGAGACUGCUUUUCCCAUAGAAGAUAUAUACAUAGAGUAA